GUUGCCCAGCUAGUUUUAAAUUGUGUUUUGAGGGCUAUACCCCCAGAAGAGUUGAUGGAAUUACCCAAUAUAGAAAAUAUUGUACAACGAUUUUUGCCUUAUUCAUUAAGAACGAAUAAAAAAUUUUCGUAAAAGUGCUGCUCAUAUAGACUAUAUGUUUUCUUCUAUGCGUUUAAAUGAAAUUUAAAAGGUUUUUGAUUAAUGUUGGUCGUUGGUUAAGUGCGUACGCGCUAGAUUAUUUGGGUAAUUAUUUAUUUGAUAGGUCUGGGUUCGAAUCCAACUGGGUCCGGAUAAUUUUUAAUUUGUUUUGUAUGCACUUUUUACCUCAAAAAUUGAUUAUAUUUUAUGUUGUUAUUGUUAUAUAAAUUUUAUUUUGUUUUUUUAAAUUUUUUUAAAGCAUUUUAUUUGCUAUUAAUAUUUAUCUAUUUAAUUUACUUUAAUUUUUUCCAAAAAAAUUUUUUUCCUUUUGAAAAAUGACUUCAAGAAAGAACGAGAAAAAUGUUCAUGAUCAACCUGUUGAUGAAGAAAUGCCUCCUUUGGAAGAUAUUGAUGAUGAAUUGAUUGAAGAGCCACAAAUAAAUGAGGAGGAAGAUGGGGAUGGAGAUAAUGAUGGAUUUAUUUUGGCUAAAAAGACUAACAAAAAACGCAAACUUUUCAAACUUUCUACUGAUGCCGACCAGCCUGAUGCUAAAAAAGGAAAGGAUAAUGUUAACUGGGAGAUGCGGAAGGUUUCAGUACCUCCACAUCGCUAUACUCCGUUAAAGAAGAAUUGGUCAAAACUUGUAGCGCCGAUUAUUAAUGAAUUAAAAAUGCAGAUUCGUUAUAAUCUGCGAACUCGAAAUGUGGAAAUUCGAUGUCCAAAUGCUGAUGGAAACAAAACACAUUUACAAAAGGCUGCUGAUUUUGUACAAGCAUUUUUGCUAGGAUUUACUAUUGAAGAUGCUGUCGCUUUAAUUCGUUUUGAUCAUAUGUUUAUGGAAAGCUUUGAAAUUAAUGACGGUUUACUUUUCUUUAAAUUAAAAAAUUUUUUCCUCGAACGGGCUCGAACCCGCGACCCCUCUUCCCUAAACCACUUAACCAAAGUAUACAAAUUUACUUUUAAAGUCAAAACUCUUCGUGGUGACCACCUCAGUCGAGCAAUUGGCCGAAUUGCUGGAAAGGAUGGCCGUGUUAAAACAACAAUUGAAAGCGUUACACAAACGAGAAUUGUUUUGGCAGACGAUAAAAUUCAUCUACUUGGAGCUUUUAAUAAUUUAAAAAUUGCGAGACACACAAUAUGUUCUUUAAUUAUGGGUAUAUUUUUGAUUUCUAAUUAA